AAAAUUAGAAAGAAAUCUAAUUUUGCCGCUUCCAUUUUGACCAUUCUAUUUUCCAUAUUUCGAAAGAAAGCGCUCUGAAAUUGAGCUGAUAUUUCUACCACCACUCCGCUGCAGCGACCCACGAAAACUGUUUCUGAGCCAACCGAGCCAUCCGCAGCUAUUUUGAUGUGCGUAUCGAUACUUCAGCUCGUUUCAUAGCUUGGUUCAUCAUUGAAAAGAGCUUUCCUUUUUCUUUUCAAGCUUCAGCUUCUUGAUAUGGAUGCAGAAACUACAAAAACUGCAAGGGACUCUCUAGACCUCGUAUUUAACAUGUCCAACAUUCUUGACACGGGGCUUAAUCGUCACACCCUGGCUGUGCUCAUUGCUUUAUGUGAACUGGGUCUAAACCCUGAGGCAUUGGCUGCUGUUGUCAUGGAACUACGAAGAGAACCAUCGUGGUCAACCCCUACAGCAGCUCAUAUCUAAACAAGUCUAUGUAUGUUGAGCUCCAUUCUGGUUGCUAAAAUAACUCAAUUCUCUCUUCUUCUUUUUUAUUCUUAUUUUUAUCUUUGUUUUUAAAUUUUUGUAUCUAUGACUGUAUCACUGUAGGGAUAUACAAGUAUUUUCUCGCAUAUAUAUGCACAUAUAAUUUACCCCA